AUGAAAGAUGAGGAAGCGUUCGUGCUGGACGAACUUGACAGCACUGCAUCAGAAGAUUGGUCCCCUAAUCUAAAUGAAGACCCAAAAGAAGACACAGAAAACCCCAAGAUGAUGCCAGAAGAAGACUCCGAUGAAGACAGCCAGAAAAGGCUUCAUACUUCGUACCCAAUAUAUUUCACCAUGAGAUUGCCUACAAAUCACAACUUCAGGUUCUUUCACGCUUCCUACUGUUUCAGACGUCGAUGUUAUGGUACGAAAUAUACCUUAUUGACUAAGUGUGAAGUCAAGUUGACUGGAUAUUAGUUACGAACAGACCAAUAUUCAAACAUGUUGACUCAACAUGUUUGCUUCUCACAAACUGGUCGUAAAGAGUAGGGGACGGUAGUUCCCUGCAUGGUAGUCUAUCUCACAUUCGUAUUCACAUAGCUGGCAUCAUUACUCAUUCCUUUAUUACUUGUAAACUGCACCAUUAGCAGUCUGGAAAAAAUCCCCUAACGAGUGUUGGAAAUUAUUCCGGGCGAAGCCCCAAGGAGGAUGCCCUUGGAUAAGACUGAUUUACAAUGAUUUACAAUUUUAUGGCCAAACCAAAGCAGACAAAGCGGGUGAUUCCGAGAUGAAAACGAAGACCCAUCUAAUCCCCCCCGCCCCCCGCCCCCCGCCCCCCCCCCAUGUGUCCAAAAAUAAACUGGUCCGUAAAAACUCCGUCACAUAGGCGUAGUAUUAAUUGGAGUUGCUCGCUUGGGCUUAUGGGCUCCUGAUUCCCACUAAUAUAUAAUAUUUCUUUUGUCUCAGUACCAGGCAUGCGUCAAGGGUUCCUUUCAUGGCGAGUUGUGUACGAAUCAGGGUACUUGGUAAUCAACAAUUGGCUCUACUAUUUUUGGAACAGCAGCGGCCCAAAAUACUUUUAUGGACAUCGGCCAGUCCCACCAACCGUUAAUCCAACUUCGACUUUCACGGCCCCUCCCGUACGCGUUGGGUAG